AUGCCAUGUCGAAUUAACCUUGGGUAUACUUUAGCACGUAAAUUACAAUUACAAACUAUGAAUCGCUUGUUAACAAUUUCAGGUUUACAGCCUGACUUAAAAGUUGGUUCUGGUAAAAGUGUAAUUUCCAAAAUAGAGUUAACUUAUAAUGUUUACAAAACUAUACCUUCAGAGUUGGUUAAUGAAUCAUAUAAGGUAUUACGGGUAGAGUAUAAAGGUAUAUAUUAUAAGAUUGGAUUAAUUUUGGUAAUACAAACAAAUCUUGAUGAUUGCUUAUUUGGAGAAAUAGAUAAAAUACUUGAUGGUAAGUCUAGAGUGCCAUAUUUUAUAAUCAAACCAUUAAUAUCAAUAGGGUUUGACUGCCAUUUUCACGCACAUGAAGUAAACUUUGACCAUUCAAAUAUUGAUAAAAUAGGGUAUUAUAUCAAUGAACUUGACUAUCCAUAUCCUACUGCUGCUAGAACAAUAGGUAAUAAUAAAACAUAUGUUUUAUUAAGAUAA